AUGGGUGACGUAAAUAAAUACUUGGUGAAAGAAAGAGAAAGAUGCACUUUUAAUGUAAAAGAGUUAACCAACUUAAUAGACGGCGGAGAGCAAAACACAAUGAAAAGAAAGGAAAUCGAGAAUUACGUGUUUAGUAUAAAAGGCCUCAAGGACGAAGUACCAGAAGAAAAUUUGAGCUAUAAAGAGCGUUAUGAGAACGCCGUACGAAAAGGCUGUAUCCUUUUCCCGCUUUUGAUAAAAUGGUCGGAGAAGCCACGAUCCUCCAUGGAUUCGGCGACUUCCAACAACUACAAAAUAGUUUCGGGCGUGAUUAAGGACAUAUCUCCCUUCAUGUUGCACUUUCGAAUGUUCUUGCCGACUAUCGCGACGUUAGCUUCCCCCGAACAGCAACGUGAUUGGCUUAAGAAAAGAUCGCAGAUGAUUGGAGCUUACGCGCAGACUGAACUUGGGCAUGGAACAUUUCUGAGAGGCCUAGAAACUACGGCUACAUACGAUUCAGCGACUGAAGAGUUUGUUAUACAUAGUCCCACGUUGACGUCAUAUAAAUGGUGGGCCGGUGGAUUGGCACAAACUGCCAAUUACUGCAUAGUGAUAGCUCAGCUAUACAUCGGUGGGAAGAAUUAUGGUAUCCAUGCAUUUCUGGUGCAAAUACGCGACUUGGAAACACACAAACCGCUGCCGGGGAUUAAAAUUGGCGAUAUUGGGCCGAAACUCGGGUUCCAAACGGCCAACAACGGUUUCCUUGGAUUUUACAAGUAUAGGAUUCCCAGAACGAAUAUGCUCAUGAGGAAUGCUCAAGUGCUUAAAGAUGGGACUUACGUUAAAGCUAAAAAUGAUAAACUCACUUACGGUACUAUGGUUUUUGUACGAGUUACUAUAGUAGUGGAUGUCGCUUUCGAGCUUUCGAGGGCGGUUACAAUAGCUGUGAGAUACGCCGCUGUCAGACAUCAAUCGCAGCCUAAAUCCGGGGAAGGGGAAUGUCAGAUUCUGGACUACGUGACGCAACAGCAUAAGCUGUUCAUAGCUAUUGCUACAAGCCACGCGUUCACAGCCGUCGGCAGAUGGUUAUGGAAGACUUAUAAACAGGUGGAAAACGAUAUGGGGAAAGGAUGUAUGGAGCAACUACCCGAGUUACACGCCCUAGCGUGUUGUUUGAAGGCGGUGUGUAGUAGAGAUGCAACAGUGUGCGUGGAGCAAUGUCGCUUCGCUUGCGGAGGGCAUGGCUAUAUGACUUCCUCCAAUCUCCCCGUCAUAUAUGGUAUAGUCUCAGCCACAGUCACCUUUGAAGGGGAGUACACUGUGAUGUUGCUCCAAACCGCCAGGUUUCUAGUCAAAAGUUUCCAAAGGGCGGCAGAAGGGAAGGCUUUGACGCGUUCAUUCGCAUACUUAGCAAAGUUUUUGGAUAACUAUAAGGAGCACAUUUGCGAGUGUACUCCACAAGGAAUUAUCGACGGCUUCCAAUUGGUGGCGGUGGGGAAAACAAAGGAGGCGUAUAAAUCGAUUUUGGAACAUAUAAAAUCGGGAAAAGGUUAUCAGGAUGCGUGGUUCCUUUCUUCAGUGCAGCUGGUCUAUGCUAGUGAGUAUUCGUGUAUGACGAAAGGGGGCGUUGAUAAAUUGCAAAAGAGGUACGAACAACUGCUGGCACUCAUUCGGCCCAACGCCGUUGGACUCGUGGAUGCUUUUGAUUUAAGAGACGAGAUUCUAUGUUCAACUCUUGUAUGGCUUGAAAAUAAGUUGGCGAAAAACGUGUUUAAUAACUUUAGAUAUUGGGGUUUUUGUGUUUAUUUACAAUUGACAAGACUGAUAAAGGAGAAAUAUAAUAAAGAUACCAAGAUGUCUGGCUUUAUAGUAAAUGAGGACCUGGUAAGAGAAAGAAGUAAGUGCACGUUUGACAUUAAAGAGCUGACACACUUGAUAGAUGGUGGUGAACAGAACACGCUGGAGAGGAAAGAGAUUGAGGAUUACGUGUUGAGUAUUAAAGAGCUUCGGGAUGAAAUUCCCGAGGAAUACUUGAGUCAUAAAGAGCGGUAUGAGAACGCGGUAAGGAAAGGAUGUAUACUUUUUUCACUUCUUUUACAACGUUCCAUAAAGAGAAAGAGCUCUCCAGAUUCCGCGAUUUCAAACAACUAUAAAGUAGUGUCCGGCGUUAUAAAGGACAUAUCGCCAUUCUUGCUCCACUUCGGCAUGUUUCUACCCACGAUCGUUUCGCAAGCCUCGCCUGAGCAGCAAGAACAGUGGCUCCAGAAAGGAUGGCAGAUGAUAGGAACAUACGCCCAGACGGAACUCGGGCAUGGGACGUUUCUUAGAGGCUUAGAAACCACGGCCACUUACGAUCCCGCCACUGAGGAGUUCGUAAUACACAGUCCCACGUUGACGUCAUACAAAUGGUGGCCCGGAGGCUUGGCACAAACUGCAAACCAUUGCAUAGUGAUGGCUCAGCUAUACAUCGGCGGAAAGAGUUACGGCAUCCAUGCAUUCCUGGUGCAAAUACGCGAUUUGGAAACCCACAAGCCUCUGCCUGGGAUCAAAGUGGGGGACAUUGGCCCGAAGCUCGGCUUCCAAACGGCCAACAAUGGUUUCCUUGGCUUCGACAACUACAGGAUUCCCAGAAACAAUAUGCUCAUGAAGAAUGCUCAAGUGCAAAAGGAUGGAACCUAUGUUAAGGCUAAGAACGACAAGUUGACAUACGGAACCAUGGUCUUCGUGCGUGUGACAAUUGUGACGGAUGUCGCGUUCGAGUUGUCCAGGGCGGCCACUAUAGCUGUGAGAUACGCCGCCGUGAGGCACCAGUCUCAGCCAAAGGCGGGAGAGCCGGAGCCUCAGAUUCUGGACUACGUGACGCAGCAGCACAAGCUUUUCAUUGCAAUUGCGACGAGCCACGCAUUCAGGGUGGUUGGCAGGUGGCUGUGGAAGGACUACACUCGGGUGGUGGCCGAUAUGGGUGCAGGGAACAUGGACCAAUUGCCUGAGCUGCACGCCCUGGCGUGCUGUUUAAAGGCGGUGUGCAGUAGGGAUGCGACCGCCUGCGUGGAACAAUGUCGUUUCGCUUGCGGUGGCCAUGGCUACAUGAUUUCCUCCAACCUCCCCAUCAUCUAUGGAAUCGUGUCUGCUUCCGUCACAUAUGAGGGGGAGUAUACGGUAAUGCUUCUGCAAACAGCCAGAUACCUCGUCAAAUCCUACAAACUGGCGCUAGAAGGAAAGUCAUUGAACCCAACAGUGGCAUAUUUAGCCAAGUUUAUGAACAAUAAUGCCUUCAAAUGGGAAAACUCACCUCAAGGAAUUAUCGAAGGCCUUCAAGCUGUAGCCGCGGGGAAGACAAACGACGCCUGCGAAUCACUCCUUGCACACGUAAAAUGCGGUAAGGAUUACGAGGAUGCGUGGAAUCUGUCUUCCGUGCAACUGGUCAUCGCUAGUGAGGCACAUGCACGGGCGGUAUUAUGUGAAAUGUUUUGGCGGGAAAUUCUAAAAGUCUCGUCAACUGUCACAAAUAGUUUGGCAUGCGUAUUACAGCAAUUGGCAGAACUAUACCUCAGCUAUUGGGCGUUGGAAAGGCGCGGUGAUAUUUUAAUGUUCACAACUGCUUCAAAGGAAGACAUGACUCGGCUGCAGCAAAGAUACGAAGACCUACUGGCCCUCAUUCGACCCAACGCCGUUGGACUCGUGGACGCAUUUGAUGUGAGAGAUGAGAUUCUCUGCUCUACUCUUGGUGCGUACGACGGUCGAGUGUACGAGCGUUUAAUGGAGCAGGCAAUGAAAAGCCCCCUUAAUUCCGAGCCGGUUAACCAAAGCUUUAAUAAGUAUAUCAAGCCAAUCGUGUUCAAAUCGAAAAUA